AAUUUCGGGGUUGGGUCAUACUUAACGCUCUACUUGUACCGAAGAGCAAGUCAUUAAUACAUCGUGGUUCAACUACCUUAACUAAUGAAUUCAUAAAUACCAGCAGUUCCUUCACCAUCCUCCCUCCAACUUCGAAUCAUGGCAGAAACCCCCCUUUACGACGUCAUCAUUCUCGGGGCAUCAGGUUUUACCGGAAAAUAUGUUCUCAAGGAAACCCUCAAAUUCCUCAACACUCAAAAACCAACAUCCCCUCUUAAAAGCGUCGCAAUCGCCGGCAGAAAUCCGUCAAAACUCACUCAAUCUCUCUCAUGGGCUGCUCAUCCGAACUCACCUCCUUGUAUUCCCAUUCUUACAACCGACACUUCUGAUUUCUCUUCUCUCGUCAACAUCACUUCCCAAACUCGUCUCCUCCUAAACUGCGUCGGUCCUUUUCGAUUACACGGGGAGCCCGUGGUGCGAGCAUGCCUUGAAACGGGCACUGAUUACUUGGACAUUUGUGGGGAACCCGAGUUUAUGGAGAAAAUGGAGGCACAGUAUCAUAAUCAAGCAGUUGAAAAUGGCUGUUUGGUGAUUUCUGCAUGUGGGUUUGAUUCAAUUCCUGCAGAACUUGGAUUGUUGUUCAAUUCUCGUCAAUGGAUUCCGCCUUCAGUUCCUAAUUCAGUUGAGGCUUACUUGAGUUUAGAGAGUGAGAAGAGGAUUGUGGGUAAUUUUGCUACUUAUGAGUCUGCUGUUCUUGGUGUUGCUAAUGCUCAUGCUCUUCGACGGUUGAGAAAAUCUCGUUCCAGGAAAGCUCGACCUCAGAUUCCAGGUCCUCCCCCUCCUAAAGGACCAACAAUUGAACAGAAUAAAGAUCUUGGGAUUUGGGCUGUUAGACUACCUUCAGCAGAUUCUGCUGUAGUUCGAAGAACCCUUACAUCACUUACAGAAAACCCUAGUGGUCUUCAUGGGGUGAAUGAGAGUGCUGAUCAUAUUGCUAAACGAGAAGCAUUUUGGUCCACUGUAAAGCCCGCUUAUUUUGGAGUGAAGAUGGGUACCAAAUCUUUGCUAGGCAUCUUGAGACUUAUCACUGUGGGCGUAUUUAUUGGCAUUUUGGGUAACUUUUCCUUCGGAAGGUGGCUGCUUCUGAAGUUUCCCUUCCUGUUCAGUCUCGGGUGGUUCAGAAAGAAGGGCCCAACUGAAGCUGAGGUUUGUAGUGCGAGCUUCAAAAUGUGGUUUGUUGCCCGCGGUUUUAGCAACAUUAGUACUGCAUCCCAGGAAAACACGAAACCUGAUACUGAAAUAAUCACAAGAGUAACGGGACCUGAAAUUGGUUAUAUAACCACACCAAUUAUUUUGGUACAGUGUGCACUUAUUACUUUAAACCAGCGCGAAAACCUGCCUAAAGGAGGUGUUUACCCUCCUGGAAUUGUGUAUGGACCAACUGAUCUUCAAGAACAGCUUCAACAGAACGGAAUCUCAUUCGAUGUGAUAUCUAAAUGCGGAUUGUCUUCGUAGAUGGUACCCGAUUCCCUUGUUUUCUUUCUUUUUCUUCCUUCGUUGAAAAUGUUUGUUACCUUCUCUUUAUAUUCUGUUAUGUGCAAAUUUAAAGUUCUUACUCAAAACUUAACCUUGUGUUGAAAGACAAUAUAAGUCUGAACUCAGACAUUCAGAAGAA